CAGGAUGUGCACGUAAUGAUCUUCAUCGGUUUCGGCUUCCUCAUGACCUUCCUGCAGCGAUACGGCUUCAGCAGCGUGGGCUUCAACUUCCUGAUCGCAGCCUUCGCCCUGCAGUGGGCGACGCUCAUGCAGGGCUUCUUCCACGGUAUGCACGGAGGAAAGAUCCACAUUGGAGUGGAGAGUAUGAUCAAUGCUGACUUCUGCACCGGCUCUGUGCUCAUCUCAUUUGGAGCCGUUUUGGGUAAAACCAGCCCGGUCCAGCUGCUGGUCAUGGCGAUGUUCGAGGUCACGCUGUUCGCUGUCAAUGAGUUCAUCGUGCUGUCCGCCCUGGGGGCCAAGGAUGCCGGGGGCUCCAUGACCAUCCACACCUUUGGAGCCUACUUCGGCCUGAUGGUGACCCGCAUCCUGUACCGACCCAACCUGGACAAGAGCAAGCAGAGGAACAGCUCAGUCUACCACUCCGACCUGUUCGCUAUGAUUGGUACCAUCUACCUGUGGAUGUUCUGGCCCAGCUUCAACUCUGCCAUCACGGCUCACGGAGACGACCAGCACCGCACAGCCAUGAACACCUACUACUCCCUGGCAGCCUGCACGCUCUCCACCUACGCCAUGUCCGCCCUCACGGCGCACGACGGCAAGCUGGACAUGGUCCACAUCCAAAACGCUGCCCUGGCCGGUGGAGUUGCGGCGGGAACUGCAGGUGAAAUGAUGCUGACACCUUUCGGCUCCAUGAUUGUCGGAUUCUUGGCCGGCAUCGUCUCCGUUCUGGGCUUCAAGUAUCUCUCGCCCAUCCUGGAGGAAAAGCUGAAGAUCCAAGACACCUGCGGGGUUCACAACCUGCACGGCAUGCCCGGCGUCCUGGGCGCUAUCGUGGGAGCGGUUACUGCGGCCGUGGCAACCGUGGACAUUUAUGGAGACGGCAUGGCAGACGUGUUCCCUGAUGUGGCGAGCGGAGAAACGGACGCGUCUUUCCAGGGCGUUCGCCAGGCCAUCUCGCUUGCCGUCACCCUGGGCAUCGCCCUGCUGGGAGGGCUCAUUGUCGGGUUCAUUUUAAAGCUGCCCGUCUUCGGCGCUCCCCCUGACACCAUCUGCUUUGAGGACAGCAUCUACUGGGAGGUGCCCGGAGACGAGGCGGGUCACGAGGACCAGCUGACCGCUGUGAGGACGGAGGAGUCCGAGAAGCUCAACAGCUAG